AGCCGUUGUGCCUCAAGCCGUGUCUCAAGAGGUUGUUGGAGUUACAAGAGCCUUCGAUAGCCAUGGCGCCGCUUGCUUCCUGCACGCUCGCACUGUCCGCAUCCGCCAUUGCCGCGGGGACAUUCGCUCCCACGUACCCGCCACUACCCGUGCGCCCGCAGCCGGUCUUCGAUCUUCCACAGGGUGUUUACAACAUCAGAAACGUGAAGAGCGGAAAGUAUUUGAAUGUGUUGGGAGGGUCUCUGGACGAAGGUGCAAACAUUCAGCUUUGGAAUAACCCUCAAUCGCCCCAUUCGCAGUGGCGAAUCAGUCACGUUUUUGAGUAUGGGCGUCUUAGCUUGCCAACGGAGACCGUUAUCCAAGGCCCUGUGAAUCAGCUCGGCAUCCCUGCAGUUUACCAUAUUAAGAAUGUUCACAGCGGAAAGAGUUUAACUGCCUUUGGCACCAACGACAUGGCCAACGUUGAGCAGUCAUCGGAUGCAUCGAUGCCAGGUCAAUGGAUGAUUCAAUUUGUAGGCGAUAGAGUUGUGGGCCUUCAGAAUGCGAAUAGUGCAAAAUGGCUCAAUGUGCAAGGAGGAGGCGUCACAGACGGUGCAAAUGUUUGCCAGUUUCACAGCAAUUUGCAGAACGACUCUUGGUGGGUGCUCGAGAGUCCAACCUGCCUGCCAGAGGGCUCCGACUGCAGCGCGGAUGACAACCAGUGCUGCAUGGAUGGGAGCGACUUCAAGCAGAUGGCUUGCCACUAUGGCCACGACAGCGGGCCUUGGUGCUAUGAUUUAGGGAAGUGCUCGACAGGGAUGUGUGACUUCCAGACCUGUUGCGAUGGCUGGACGUGCGUGAAUCUCGGACCAGUCAACCAGUGCCAGAAGAAGAACAACACCGGUGUCAUCGCUGUCUGAGCCUCAGUUCUGCGUGCGACACAGAGGCAGGUCUGCAACUGCGCGCGCCAUCCGCCAGCAUUGCAGAGAAGCGGCGCGUCGGUGGCCACGAGGCGAGGGAUGCAGCGCGGCACCAUGCGGCCUGGAUGGAUCUGGAUCCACGCAGCGGGCCCCGAGGAGGGCAGCGGCCAUGCAGCGCGCUUUUUUGCAGUCUGAGUUCUGCAGGUCGGGACCGGCAGAGUGCCCGCGGCAGCGGGCCAGACCGAGUUCUUGAGCAUAUAUGCGCAAGCAGAUGCAGGCAUGAUGGGUUGCCUCCUCCUGCGCCAUGGGCGGCAGUACCCCCGAUCAGAUCAGACCGAUUCGGUUUGACUGCACAGGGACGCGGGGACCGAAGUACUGCGCAAGUAGCACUCCCCGUGCCCCUCCUGCUCCUCCCAGUCUGCCCGAGCCUUCCUUUGGCUUACGGUCAAUUCGGGCAUGUCCGUCUACAGGGGGA